UGGACAAAUUGGAAAGUGUCUGGAGAAAUGAUCAAAGGUCUGAAGACCAUGGCUUCCAAGGCUCAUGGAGUUGAGGGUGUUUGGUAUAGAGAAGAGAAGAGAAUCAAAUGGUCAGAAAAGAGAUUCCUCCUAAACAUUAGGAAGAACUUAAUGAUGGUCAGAGAGGUUUAACAGUGGGACAUGCUUCUGCUGGGAAGUCAGUUGGAUUCCCCUUCUCUGGUGUCAGUGGGGUUGGCCUGGAUGGCCCAUUAGGUCUCUUCCAUUAGGAUAAGAGUGAGUAGGACCUCUCUGGAGCAGAGCCAGCAUGGAGUAGUGCUCCAUGAAGUUCUAAAGUUGAUGUCCAUCUGCUCUGCAUCUAAGACCCAACCGGGGUGGUGCAUAAUGUCCACCACAUCCGCUCGCGUGGCCUUGGCACGUUGGGCAUCACACCACCAAGACAUCAACACAGGGGACAGCUCGCAUAACGUUGCAUAAUGUCUUGGGUCUCUGUCAUGCGGAUCUGCUGAGGGUGGAGCCCAACCGGAAAUUUCCUUAAAAAUAGAGGAGAGAAAGGCUCCUUUCUUUGCCGCGAACGCCUGCUAAUCAAUUACUUUGGGGACAGAGAACAGAUAAAGCCACUCUGUCUUCCGACGUGAAGCCGAGGAGGAGCCGGGAGUUGCUACAAAGAGAGGCUCCGAGACGGAUGCCGGCCCUUCAGGCUCCAAGACUCAAAAGAGUGGAGAAGGAAGGAGGAGAGACGGAGACAAGAGGCCAUCCAACCCAACAAAGACCCAGAAGAGAGAACCUCGGGGUCGUUGCGAGAAAACAGAAGGUCCCGCUUGGCUGAUUCGGCCGAACUAAACUCUCGGAUCUGCGGUGAAAAGUCUCCCUGUUUCAUCUCACCUCCAAUGGAUCCUUGAGAAGACCACAAAGCUAUUUGGAGAAGGAGUUGGAGGACAACAAGGCAUUUCUGUGGAGAUCUUCCACCACAUUGUCCAGAAGAUGUACACGGUCCACAAUGCCACGCUGGCUGGCAACCUAUCCGUCAAUGGGACCGAAGGGGGCAACUGCUCCACCGACAAUCCACUGAUGAUCCCCCACGAAGUCUUCCUGAUCCUGGGUGCCAUCAGCUUCGUGGAGAACCUUCUGGUGGUGGCCGCCAUCGCGAAGAACCACAACCUGCACUCCCCGAUGUACUACUUCAUCUGCUGCCUGGCCAUGUCGGACAUGCUGGUGAGCAUCAGCAACGUGGUGGAGACCUUCUUCAUGCUGCUCAACGACCACGGCCUGUUGUUGUUGGGGAAAUCCACCAUAAAGCACAUGGACAUCAUCAUGGACAUGCUGAUCUGCAGUUCCCUGCUCUCCUCGCUGUCCUUCCUCAGCGUCAUCGCCAUCGACCGCUACAUCACCAUCUUCUACGCCUUGCGCUACCACAACAUCAUGACCUUCCAGCGGGCACUGGCCCUCAUCCUGUCCAUUUGGGCGGUCUGCUUCGUGGCCAGUAUCGUCUUCAUCCUCAACGACAGCCCGGCGGUGAUCACCUGCCUGGUGGUCUUCUUCGUGGCCGUGGUCACCCUCAUCCUGGCACUCUACACCCACAUGUUCAUCCUGGCCCGCCAUCACGCCCGGCGCAUGUCCCACAUCCCCAAGAAGCAGAACUCCCCACAGAUGUCCAGCAUGAAAGGGGCCAUCACCCUCACCAUCCUCUUGGGGGUCUUCCUGAUCUGCUGGGGGCCCUUCUUCCUCCACCUGACCCUCAUCAUCAUCUGCCCCUUCCGCUGCGCCUGCUACUUCAACUACUUCAGCCUCUACCUCAUCCUCAUCAUCUGCAACUCCGUGGUGGACCCCGUCAUCUACGCCUUCCGGAGCCAGGAGCUCAAGAGGACUUUGAAGGACAUGCUGUUCUUGGUUUGGUAGAAGGAAGGAUGGAGAAAGGUGAGGAAGGAAAGAAGGAAGGGAGGAGAAAGGGAAGGAAACUAUGGAGGAAGGGUUAGAUAUUGGAAAGGGGAUCCCGUUGAGGAGAAGACAACCAGCUUGUUUUCUGUAGGACUCAAUGGAUCCAUGGAUUCAAGAGAUUGAUGGUGGAGUCAAGAGAUUCCACCUAAACAUUGGUGGCUCUCUAUCAAAGCUGGACCUUCUGCCUUUCCUUAGAACCCAAGGAACACAAACUCUCGCAAGUGGAUAUGGACAGACAAGUGGACAGAGAUGGUGGAGAAACCUAAACUUUCCUGGUCAGUAUUCCUUUGCUCUUCCAAUGCCGUGCCCCAGCUCCUUGAGUGGCGUGGCUCGUUGGCUCCUGAAAGCAAUUUUGUUCCACCUAAAAACUAAUCCCAACCCUUGUCAGAGUUCCUCUUUGCUUCUCUUCGCCAUUGGGAAAGGAGGGAAGGUGGAAUGAAGGUAAGACUACAAGAUCACCUUCUUCUCAGUCCCCAAACUUCUAGGGAGCUUUAACAUUAAGCUCCUGAUCCCCUCCAAGACCUUCUCAGUCCCGAAAGUUCUAGAGAACUUCAACAUUGAGCUCCUGCUCCCCUCCAAGACUUUCUCAGUCCCCAAACUUCUAGAGAACUUCAACAUUGAGUUCUUGCUCCCCUCCAAGACCUUCUCCUUCUCAGUCCCCAAACUUCUAGGGAACUUUAACAUUGAGCUCCUGCUCCCCUCCAAGACCACCUUCUUCUCAGUCCCCAAACUUCUAGAGAACUUCAACAUUGAGCUCCUGCUCCCCUCCAAGACCUUCUUCUUCUCAGUCCCCAAACUUCUAGGGAACUUCAACAUUGAGCUCUUGCUCCCCUCCAAGACCUUCUUCUUCUCUGUCUCCAAAGUUCUAGGGAACUUCAACACUGAGCUCCUGCUCCCCUCCAAAACCUUCUUCUUCUCAUUCCCAAACUUCUAGGGAACUGCAACACUGAGCUCCUUCUCCCCUCCAAGACCUUCUCAGUCCCCAAACUUCUAGAGAACUUCAACAUUGAGUUCCUUCUCCCCUCCAAGACCUUCUCAGUCCCCAAACUUCUAGAGAACUUCAACACUGAGCUCCUUCUCCCCUCCAAGACCUUCUCAGUCCCCAAACUUCUAGAGAACUUCAACACUGAGCUCCUUCUCCCCUCCAAGACCUUCUCAGUCCCCAAACUUCUAGAGAACUUCAACACUGAGUUCCUUCUCCCCUCCAAGACCUUCUCAGUCCCCAAACUUCUAGAGAACUUCAACACUGAGCUCCUUCUCCCCUCCAAGACCUUCUCAGUCCCCAAACUUCUAGAGAACUUCAACACUGAGCUCCUUCUCCCCUCCAAGACCUUCUCAGUCCCCAAACUUCUAGAGAACUUCAACACUGAGCUCCUUCUCCCCUCCAAGACCUUCUCAGUCCCCAAACUUCUAGAGAACUUCAACACUGAGCUCCUUCUCCCCUCCAAGACCUUCUCAGUCCCCAAACUUCUAGAGAACUUCAACACUGAGUUCCUUCUCCCCUCCAAGACCUUCUCAGUCCCCAAACUUCUAGAGAACUUCAACACUGAGUUCCUUCUCCCCUCCAAGACCUUCUCAGUCCCCAAACUUCUAGAGAACUUCAACACUGAGCUCCUUCUCCCCUCCAAGACCUUCUCAGUCCCCAAACUUCUAGAGAACUUCAACACUGAGCUCCUUCUCCCCUCCAAGACCUUCUCAGUCCCCAAACUUCUAGAGAACUUCAACAUUGAGUUCCUUCUCCCCUCCAAGACCUUCUCAGUCCCCAAACUUCUACAGAACUUCAACACUGAGCUCCUUCUCCCCUCCAAGACCUUCUCAGUCCCCAAACUUCUAGAGAACUUCAACAUUGAGUUCUUGCUCCCCUCCAAGACCUUCUCCUUCUCAGUCCCCAAACUUCUAGAGAACUUCAACACUGAGCUCCUUCUCCCCUCCAAGACCUUCUCAGUCCCCAAACUUCUAGAGAACUUCAACACUGAGCUUUGCAUCCCAGUGUUUCCCAUACACUGAUCUUCCAAGUGUUUUGGACUUCAGCUCCCGGAAUCCCUGUUCAUUGGCCAACACAACUGUGGCUUCUGGGAGCUGAAGUCCAAAACACCUGGAAGGCCAGAAAUUUGGGGAUUUCUAACAUUUUAGAGGUGCCCCCGGUGGUGCAGCCCCUGGUUAAUGUCAGACUUAAUGUCAGGGGAGAAUCUUUAUCUCCUGAAGUGCUUCAGAGAUUAUAUACAGUAGAGUCUCACUUAUCCAAGCCUCGCUUAUCCAAGGUUCUGGAUUAUCCAAGCCAUUUUUGUAGUCAGUGUUUUCAAUAUAUCGUGAUAUUUUGGUGCUAAAUUUGUAAAUACAGUAAUUACAACAUAACAUUACUGCGUAUUGAAGUACUUUUUCUGUCAAAUGUGUUGUAUAACAUGAUGUUUUGGUGCUUAAUUUGUAAAAUCAUAACCUAUUU